AUGGGCGCAACGGACACCUCGUUGAUCACUCCAAAAGAGAACAUGUCAUCACAAAAUACUUCUGUAGUUACCAUUUCUGAACAAAUGACACCACAACAAGAUAAUACAGAUGGGGGCGAUAUUGUAUUGUCCAACAAUUCGUACAGACAGAAAGAGAUGUUAAACAGCAAACCUGCAUCUUUCACGACCAACUCGUCGAAAUCAGAUGAUAUGCGUACCCAACUAAAGGAAUGCAGGUUGCAGACAUUAGAUAUCACCAAAGUCUUAGACAACGACAGUAUUAAUGCUUUGGAAGAUUGGGAUACAGCAUACAACACACUCCUCGGAGAAAUAUCCUCUAGUGAUGCCAAUUGGUCUACACACGAUCUGCCACUCAAUCAUGACAUAGACAAGAUGGAUGAUGAAGGAUACACACCACUUUACAAAGCAGCUUUAGAGGGAAACCUCAAUGAGGUUGAGGGUCUAAUUUCACAGGAAGCAAACCUGGAUAAACCAAGCAAGGGAGGGCUUCGACCUCUUCAUGCUGCAGCUCAAGAGGGACAUGAAGACGUCGUUGAUUUCCUCAUCCUACAUGGAGCGGAUCCAAGUGUUGAAUGUGACAUGGGUCAGACACCCCUUCAUAAAGCAGCACUAGAAGGGUAUUCCAAUAUCAUAGACAGUCUUAUUGCAGAAGGGGUUGAUGUGAACAAGGAAGAUAACACGGGUUUUACACCAUUCAAUGCUGCCAUUCAAAACGCCCAUCUAGAAGCUGUCAAAUAUCUCAUUGAAAAAGGAGCCAAGCAGAACAGGUAUGAUGGAAUGACCCCACUCUAUGCUGCAGCUCAAUUCGGUCAUUUAGAUAUUGUAAAAUUCUUCAUUUCCAAUGGAGCUGAUGUAAAUGAAGAACAUGAUAAUGGGAAAAAUCCCUUACACGGAGCUGCAAUUAAAGGUGACAUGAGGAUCAUAGAAUACCUUAUCCAACAAGGGUCAGAUGUGAACAAGGCCGAUCCAAAAGGUUGGACACCAUUCAAUGCUGCUAUUCAAUAUGGUCAUCUAGAAGCUGUCAAAUAUAUGAUGGAUAGUGGAGCUAAACAGAACAGAUACGAUGGAAUGACCCCACUCAAUGCUGCAGCUGACUUCGGACAUGCAGAUAUUGUGAAGUUCUUAAUUUCAAGUGGAGCCGAUGUAAACGAAGAGAACAACAGAGGGAGGAUUCCUCUUCACGGGACUGCUUUUAGUGGUAACAUGGAGAUCAUGGAAUAUCUCAUUCAACAAGGGUCAGAUGUGAACAAGGCGGAUCCUAAAGGUUGGACACCAUUCAAUGCUGCUAUUCAAUAUGGUCAUCUAGAAGCUGUCAAAUAUCUCAUGGAUAGUGGAGCUAAACAGAACAGAUACGAUGGAAUGACCCCACUCAAUGCUGCAGCUGACUUCGGACAUGCAGAUAUCGUAGAAUUCUUCGUAUCCAAUGACGGUGAUGUAAAUGAAGAACUUGAUAAUGGAAAAAAUCCCUUACACGGAGCUGCAAUUAAAGGUGACAUGAGGAUCAUAGAAUUUCUUAUCCAACAAGGGUCAGAUGUGAACAAGGCCGAUCCAAAAGGUUGGACACCAUUCAAUGCUGCUAUUCAAUAUGGUCAUCUAGAAGCUGUCAAAUAUCUCAUGGAUAGUGGAGCUAAACAGAACAGAUACGAUGGAAUGACCCCACUCAAUGCUGCAGCUGACUUCGGACAUGCAGAUAUUGUGAAGUUCUUAAUUUCAAGUGGAGCCGAUGUAAACGAAGAGAACAACAGAGGGAGGAUUCCUCUUCACGGGGCUGCUUUUAGUGGUAACAUGGAGAUCAUGGAAUAUCUCAUUCAACAAGGGUCAGAUGUGAACAAGGCGGAUCCUAAAGGUUGGACACCAUUCAAUGCUGCUAUUCAAUAUGGUCAUCUAGAUGCUGUCAAAUAUCUCAUUGAUAGUGGAGCUAAACAGAACAGAUACGAUGGAAUGACCCCACUCAAUGCUGCAGCUGACUUCGGACAUGCAGAUAUAGUGAAGUUCUUAAUUUCAAGUGGAGCCGAUGUGAACGAAGAGAACAACAGAGGGAGGAUUCCUCUUCACGAUGCUGCUAUCAACGGUAAUAUGAAGAUCAUGGAAUAUCUCAUUCAACAAGGGUCAGAUGUGAACAAGGCGGAUCCUAAAGGUUGGACACCAUUCAAUGCUGCUAUUCAAUAUGGUCAUCUAGAUGCUGUCAAAUAUCUCAUUGAUAGAGGAGCAAAGCAGAACAGAUAUGUUGGAAUGACCCCCCUAUGUGCAGCAGCUUCAUUCGGCCAUUUAUAUAUAGUGAUGUUCUUGGUUUUCAAUGGAGCUGAUGUGAAUGAACAAAGUGAUAAUGGGAUGAUUCCUCUUCAUGGUGCUGCUGCUCGAGGCCAUGUAGAAGUCAUAGAAUACCUCAUUAAAAUGGGGUCUGAUGUUAACAGGCAUGAUAAAGACGGCUGGACGCCAUUUAAUGAAGCAAUUACGAGUGGUCAUUUAGAAACUGUCAAACAUCUCCUUAGAAAUGGAGCAUUACAAAAUAUAUAUGACGGAAUGACUCCACUUUAUAUCGCAGCACAAGCCGGUCAUUUAGAUAUCGUCCAGUUCUUGGUAUCCAAUGGUGUUGACGUCAAUGAGGUCGAUGACGAAGGGAUGAUUGCUCUCCACGCUGCUGCCCUUAACGGUAACAUAAAAGUAGUUGAGUAUCUCAUUCAGCACGGAUCUGAUGUUAACAAGACAAACAAUAAUGGACUGGCAGCACUCAAUGCAGCAAUUUUUCUGGGCCAUUUGGAAGUUGUUAAAUUUCUCAUCGCUAAAGGGGCCAAUUAUUUAAGUUAUGAAGGUAUGACCCCACUUUACAUCGCAACACAAUACGAUCAUAUCGACGUAGUGAAAUUCCUAGUAUCCAAGGGAUAUAAUUUGAACGAAGGGACUGAGAGCAAGAAAUCUCCGCUCCAUGCAGCAUGUUACAAUGGUAACAUCAAUAUGGUAGAAUACCUACUUCUCAACAAUUGUGAUGCAAAUCAACAAGAUCAAGAUGGAUGGACGCCACUUCAAGCUGCCUCACAAGAAGGAUAUCAACACAUAUCCGAUUACCUUUUAGUACAUGGGGCACACAUGAAGGAUAGUGAUGUUUUGGCAUUUAUGCAUACGUCGCCAAACUCAGGUCAUUAUACGCCAACAGAAGGAAUCCUGAAUACACACGACUGUGCUGAAGAUGAGACACGAGAACAAAAACAAAAUGACCAUCAGACAGCAAUGAAAGAGGAAUUUGUAACGGCAUCCAUGACAGACCCUCAGAAGCAGUCAUAUACAACACAUAUCCAAAACUCCAAACUAAACGUGCAAAAUAUCUACAGCGGGAAUACAUUAAUCAAAGCUGAUGCCGAAGAUGAAAGAUGUGCUGAACUCUCGUUGAUGGCACUCUCUACUGAGGCUUAUAAAGCUGAUGACCGCGCCAAUCAGGAGCUUAAUCCUUUCCCUGGUGCCAAGUCGAAAUCUUCUGACAAAUCUGAACAUGGUUCAACCCAGGAUGUCAUUGACGCAGUACAGAACAGCAUGACCAGGACACAAUAUGACCAAACCGAUGAUACAAGCCGUCCUGUCUGGCUCGGACCUCAGAAGUGGCAAUACAAAGUAUUUGGCCCACCAUUCUUACAAACCCAGAACAACUCCAUGACCAGUGACCAGAUUUCAGAAGACCCAGAUUCGAGAUGCUUUUUCUUAACUGAAGAGAUCGGACAAACCAGAAAACCUCUGAAUCCCAUCAAUAAAGGAAAUGAUCGUGUCAGUCACGGCGCUUCGUCGGAGUCAAACAGAACCCUAAGAUCAGAACCUUUACAAAUUGGUCAUCAAGUCGUCUACGACAAAGGACACCUCCCACACAUAGGUUCAACUUCUGCCAACACUGGAUGGAAAAUCUUGAUGAUUUUAGCUUUAGCCAUCCUUCUUGCAGGAUGUCCAGUUCACGUAGGAGCGGAUGUUACAACCGAAGAGAAAUAA